AUGUCUCUCAUGGUGGAAGCAGCUCGACCUGUGACAGCCCCCGUGGUUCGUCCCAAAAACCUCGCACCUUUCAUCAAACGACAGAUUCCUGCAAGUGGCUUGACUGCUAUGUGUCAUCCUCUCACUGAGAAAACCAUUAGAGAAGUGAACGAUUUCUUUCUCGAGCACUGGGAGUUCCCAAGCCCCAAGUUCCGCAAACGGUUCGAGGGCGAUGGAAUGACUCGCGUAACUUGUUUCUAUGUUUGCAAGUCUCUCGAUGACCGUCUAGUUCUCGCAUGCCGCCUUAUAACCCUCCUUUUCUUAAUGGACGAUGUUUUGGAGCACCUGUCUCUUGAGGAGGGCAAGGCAUACAACAAGAAGGCGUUUUCACUUUUCCGCGGCGAUAUCCAGCCUGACCGCAACGUUCCUUUCGAGUGGAUCUCUUACGACUUGUGGCAAGACCUGAGAGCAUGCGAUAAGAAACUAGCCGACGAGAUGCUUAUGCCGGUCUAUCUAUUUCUAGAGUCCCAAACCGACCCGCGACGACUUAAGAAGAUGAGUUUCGGCGAGUAUCUUGAGUACCGAGAGACUGAUGUCGGCAAAGGUGUUCUGAGUGGUCUUAUUCGAUUCACUGGCGCAAUUCAUCUUUCUCCCGAAGACCUCGCCAUCGCAGAGCCAGUCGACAGAAACUGUGGCAGGCACAUGGCCGUAGUAAACGAUAUUUGGAGCUACGAGAAGGAAGUGCAUGCAGCUAACACAUUACAUGAAGAGGGUGGAGCUCUGUGCAGUGCAGUUCAGAUUCUAGCUGAAGAGUCUAACAUUUCAGUUGACUCGGCGAAGCGAGUGCUCUACCAGCUAGCUCGCGAAUGGGAAGUUGAGCAGGAAUGGCUGGUGCAAGAAGCACUUGCCAAAAAGGAUACUCCGGAGCUGAGGGAGUAUUUGAAACGGAUUGAGUACCAAAUGUCAGGCAAUGAGAUCUGGAGCCGUUCUACCGACAGAUAUAUCAACCCUUCAGCUGUCUAG